AUGGAAUCCACCACCACCGAAUCCAAAGCGCCAUGGCCGGAAGUCCUCGGAAGCAACAAUUGGGAAGGACUUCUCGACCCAUUCGACAUCACUCUCCGGUUACUCAUCCUCCGGUGCGGUGACUUCUGUCAAGCCACCUACGACGCCUUCAACAACGACAAGAACUCAAAGUACGCCGGCAGCAGUCGCUAUGGCAAGAAAUCCUUCUUCGAGAAAGUCAUGCUCCGACCAUCUCCUUCCGACUACCAAAUCGCCGCCUUCCUCUACGCCACCGCCAAAGUCUCCAUCCCUGAAGCCAUCUUUGUUCACUCCCUGUCUCGCGAGUCAUGGGAUCGAGAGUCAAACUGGAUUGGAUACAUCGCGACGACCACCGAUGAGGUGAGUCGAACACUCGGCCGGCGUGAGAUCUACAUCGUGUGGCGAGGCACAAGUCGGGAUUUCGAGUGGCUUAAUGUUUUUGGCGCGAAAAGCGAGUCUGCUGAACCUCUAUUACGCCAGAAAACAUUUGGUGCUACUCCGACGACGGCAGAUUCAGGCGAGACUAGCAGCAGCAGCGAUAGUGACAACAAUGAAAUUCCGAGGGUAAUGCAGGGUUGGCUAACGAUUUACACCUCAGAUGAUCCGAAUUCCUCUUUCACAAAACAAAGCGUAAGAACACAAGUGUUGACAACUAUCAAACACUUGGUGGGCAUCUACAAAAACGAAGAAACUAGCAUCAUUAUCACCGGACACUCCCUGGGUGCAAGUUUAUCGAUCUUAUCCGCCUUCGAUCUAGCAGAAAACGGAAUCACAGACGUCCCAAUUGCCGCCUUCGUCUUCGGUUCUCCUCAAGUCGGCAACCAAGCAUUCAACGAUCGUCUAAACCAGUUCUCAAAUGUCAAAAUCCUUCACAUUAAAAACAAGAUCGAUCUCAUUCCGCUUUACCCAAGUGGGUUACUCGGGUACGUGAACUCCGGUGUAGAUUUCGUGAUCGAUACACGAAAGUCUUCGAGCUUGAAGGAGUCGACGAACACAGGCGACUGGCAUAAUUUGCAGGGAAUGUUGCACGUAGUCGCUGGGUGGAAUGGGGAGGAUGGUGAGUUUGAAUUGAAGGUGAAUCGGAGCUUGUCGUUGGUUAAUAAAUCGAGUGAGUUCUUGAAAGAUGAGUUUCUGGUUCCAGGGUCAUGGUGGAUUGAGAAGAAUAAAGGUAUGAUUCUGGAUGGAAAUGGAGAUUGGGUUUUGGAACCACCUGAUGAAGAAGAUAUUCCGGUUCCGAGUGGACCGGUUGAGGAGAUGGUAACGGCGACGUCGGGUGACGGCGAGGAGAAGGUAACGGCGGCGGCUUCGGGUAACAACAAGCGGUGUUGGAUUUUGUAA